CCGCGGCCUGAGCCGACGCGGGCGGCCGGGCUCUCGGGUUCUCUUCCCCAGGCCGGAGCCAGUCGGUGUCCCGGCGGAGAGACGGGCAGCCGGGCUCCCUGGCCCCGGGCCGCCCCCGGCUGGGGCGGCUGGGGCAGGGGAACGAUGUCUGCUCGCGUCCGGGUGCCCGCCGCUCACCCUCAGGAGGAGCGGCCCGCGGUACCAGCUGAGAGGGAGUCGCUGUCGGCCGCGGCGAGCCGGCAAGCCGGGAAGCUGCCUCCGCCCGAACGGGAGGGCAAGGAGGCAGCGAGGGAGGAGAGGAACGCGCUCGCCACCAGCACGGGGGCGCGGGGAGAGCCCUUGCCGGCGCCCGUGCUGGGACACAGCGUGCCUCAGGCGGCCGUGUCCGUGAAGCCCCUGGCGCUGCACCUGGCGCACAAGGCGCGCGGGCAGGGGGGGCCCUUCGGCUGGGAGCCGCCGCCACCGCUGCCGCGGGACUCGCCGGCCGAAGACGCCCGGGAGGAGGAGGCGGCGGCGGCAGGCUCUGAGGAAAAGCUACCGCCGCCGCCGCCGCCGCCGCCAACGCCGCCGCCGCCAACGCCGCCGCCGCCGCCACCGCCGCCGCCGCCGCUGCCGCGGAAGGAGAAUCCCUGGACCAAAAAGCCUUCCCAGCACCUGUCCCCCGCCGGGACGGGGCCGCCGCCGCUGCCCCCACUGGAAACCCUGGAGGCAGAGCUCAGUCCCCCCCAAAUUAUAAAAGCAGGAAAACUCAAGACAAAGAAAUCCAACAAGGCUAGUGAUUUCAGUGAUAUGGCGAACUGGCCAACACCAAGUGAAUUAGUGAACACUGAAGACCAUACAUUUGGAAAGGAUGGGGUACCAUGCUGUCAGCUUCACAAAACCUUUUUGCAGUGUCAGAGUGUCAUCAGCCUAGGAAAUAAGAAGCCACAAAAUAGAAAAGAAAGAGAAGACAAGGUUGAAAAGAGAAGUAACAGUGAAAGCAAAGAAAGCUGGGAAACAAAAUUAGAUGGUCCUGGUGAAAAUGUCAGUGAGGAUGAGGCUCAGUCAAGUAAUCAACGAAAGAAAGCUAAUAAGCACAAAUGGGUACCACUCCACUUAGAUGAUGUAAGACCAGACAGUCAAGAAAGACCAGGGUCCCGGAAUAGCUCAAGAUGUCAACCUGAAGCAAAUAAAUCAUCAUAUAACAAUAGGAGAAAUGACACACGAAGUUGGAGGCGUGAAAGAGAAAAGAAAGAGGAUCAAGAUGAAGUUUCCAGUGUGAGAAGUGAGGGUGGUAAUAUCCGAGGUACCUUUAGAGGCCGAGGAAGAGGCCGAGGACGGGGAAGAGGACGGGGCAGAGGAAAUCCUCGACUGAACUUUGAUUAUUCAUAUGGUUAUCAAGAACAUGGUGAAAGGACUGGUCAACCAUUUCAAACAGAACUUAAUACCAGUAUGAUGUAUUACUAUGAUGAUGGUACAGGCGUACAGGUGUAUCCUGUGGAAGAAGCAUUGCUUAAAGAGUAUAUUAAACGCCAAAUUGAAUAUUACUUCAGUAUAGAAAACUUGGAACGGGACUUCUUUCUUAGGAGAAAGAUGGAUGAGCAAGGUUUCUUGCCUAUUUCCCUGAUUGCUGGUUUCCACCGUGUUCAGGCUCUCACUACAAACCUUAAUCUCAUUUUAGAGGCACUGAAAGAUAGCACAGAAGUGGAAAUUGUGGACGAGAAAAUGAGAAAAAAGAUAGAACCAGAAAAAUGGCCAAUUCCGGGCCCUCCUCCACGUAGUGUGCCACAAACAGACUUCUCUCAACUGAUUGAUUGCCCAGAGUUUGUACCAGGCCAAGCCUUUGGUUCACAUACAGAGUCUGCCCCAAAUUCUCCAAGAAUUGGAAGUCCACUGAGCCCAAAGAAAAACACUGAAACAAGUAAUCUUCAAGCAAUGUCUAGAGUUUUGUCUGCCAGUUUGCCCGACUUGGACUCAGAACCUUGGAUAGAAGUAAAAAAGAGACAUCGUCCAUCCCCAGUGAAAUUGAAGGAGUCACCACCUCUACCUGAAGAGGCAUCAAAUCAACUCUAUCUUCCAGAUGAACAAGAACAAGAAGAACUUGAUUUUUUAUUUGAUGAAGAGAUGGAACAAAUAGAAGGGCGAAGAAACACAUUUACUGAUUGGUCUGAUAAUGAUUCAGAUUAUGAAAUUGAUGACCAGGAUUUAAACAAGAUUUUGAUUGUAACUCAGACACCACCUUACAUGAGAAAACAUCCUGGAGGAGAUCGAACAGGCAACCACAUGUCUGAGGCAAAAAUUACAUCUGAACUUGCUAAAGUUAUCAAUGAUGGCUUAUAUUAUUAUGAGCAGAAUUUGUGGAUGGAAGAUGAAAACAAACACACAGCCAUAAAGCAAGAAGUUGAGAACUUUAAGAAGCUAAAUCUCAUUAGUAAAGAGCAGUUUGAAAACCUAACACCUGAACUUCCUUUUGAGCCAAACCAAGAAGUUCCUGUAGCACCUUCACAGUCCAGGCAAGAUUUGACUGAUGAAUUAGCUCAGAAGUUGUUUGAUGUUUCAGAAAUAUCUUCAGCAACAGUGGCCUGUUCAUUACCCACAGCAGUUCCAGAAUCUCCUAGAAUUUAUCCUGCAAGGACACCCAAAACACCUCGAACACCUGGAUUACAAGAUCCAAACAAAACACCAAGAUUUUAUCCUGUUGUUAAAGAACCCAAAGCCAUUGAUAUAAAGAGUCCAAGAAAGAGAAAAACAAGACAUAGUACAAAUCCCCCUCUCGAGUGUCAUGUUGGUUGGGUAAUGGAUUCCAGAGAUCACGGGCCAAGAGCAUCCUCUGUCAGCAGUUCAAAUGCUUCGCCUUCAGAAGGUGCACCGCUAGUAUGUACUCCUCAUUCAUUCCCAAAGUUCCAGCACCCUUCUCAUGAACUUUUGAAGGAAAAUGGCUUUACCCAACAAGUGUACCACAAGUAUCGUAGAAGAUGCCUAAGUGAGAGAAAACACUUGGGAAUUGGCCAGUCCCAAGAAAUGAAUACGCUCUUUCGUUUCUGGUCCUUUUUCCUCAGAGAUCACUUCAAUAAAACAAUGUAUGAGGAAUUUAGACAACUUGCUUGGGAAGAUGCAAAAGAAAAUUACAGGUAUGGAUUAGAAUGUCUGUUCAGGUUUUAUAGUUAUGGACUGGAAAAAAAAUUCAGACAAGAAAUUUUUAAGGAUUUCCAAGAAGAAACCAAAAAAGACUACGAAUCUGGUCAGCUGUAUGGAUUAGAGAAGUUUUGGGCUUAUCUAAAAUAUUCUCAAUCUAAGACACAUUCUAUUGACCCCAAACUUCAGGAAUACCUCUGUAGCUUUAAGAAGUUGGAAGACUUCCGUGUUGACCCCCCUAUAGGUGAGGAAUUUGAAAGAAAAAGACAUUCAUCUACUUCUGGUGAGGAGAGUAAUCGUCACAGACUUCCGUCUAAUUCCUCUACAAAGUCACCGAGUGCUGCUAAGCCUACACCUGCCAAUCGGCUUCGGGUCCCAACAAACUCUCCCAGAAGGAAUACUUCACAGCAGUCCAAUGACAAUUCACACCAGAACAGUGCUGCCUCAGUCUCAACACAUGGUGAACUGCCUGAGAAAUAGACUCUGAUGAAAGUUGUUUGCCCUUGAAAUCAACAUUUACAUCAGUAAUUAUUGGGGGAAAUCUUCUGAUGUUUAAUUGUGAUAAAUUGGUAGCAUUGGAAGAAAAAUGGUAGCAUUUUUUUCUAGGAAGAUAAAUUCUAAAAACGUUUUCCCUGAUUUCACGAAUAAGUAUAAUUUUGGUAACCUUUUAUAGAGAUCCUCUAGUAAUAUAUUUUGGUCUCAAAUAUAUAUUUGAAAUAAUAUAUUUCUUUUUCAAAGCCAUUGUUUAUAAGAACAGCAUUCCUUAAAUAUACACAAAAACAACACAAGGAAUGCCUAACAUUUCAGCUCAUACUUCUUAAAGAAGAUAUAGUAUGUUAUAGUCAUCUAUUCUAUAGAGCUUUCUUAAAGAAUCCAAUAACCCCACUGUCAAUUCAUAUUUGAACUUACCAAAAACAAAGGACAAUUAUGUAUAUGUUUUUUAAAUUCAGAAAAAGAAUGUGAAAUGAUACAUUUGCUUUUCUUUUAGAUUUAUAGUUUAAAGAAAACUAUUUUUUUUUUUUUUACAGAAGUAGAAAUAUAUUGCAGUUAUAUUGAAGUAUAUGCACUUUGGAUGUUGGGUUUUGCUUUUUUCCCCGCUAGUCAUGCCUCAUGAUUUCCAUAGUUAUUGUUGUGUUGGUAUGGAGUGUUCUGAAUUGGCAUCAGCCAGUUACAUAUUAGAAGAGAUUUACUUUUUGUGACUCUAUAAACCUGCACAAGUAAUUGAAAACUGAGUUGGGAUUGGUUGGAAUACUGUCCUAAAUUAGUUAAAUCUUGCACUGUUUUGAAUGCAUUUGCUGUUUGUACAUCUGCAGGUGUGUAUGUCACAAGUAGUCAGAUUAUCUUCAGUUUAAAAGGAGUAACUUUUUGUGUCCUUUACUUUGUUUUAUGCUUAUAAAAAGUGUUUUCAAGAAAUGAAUUGACUUCUAAUUUUUAUUGCUGUUGCAACCGAUGUAAAUGAUAGUUUCAGUUUUUGUGGGAAUUAAAAUAAAGCACUUAUUCUAAAUUA